ACUCUCGGCACUAAGGAUCUCUCUGCAGCUCUGAUAUAUGACAGUUUUAGGAGGUCGGCCUCCCCUGCUUUCUGGUGUACGUUGCUUUCAACCCCCUGCGGUGCCUCCUGAAUGAAGAGUAGCUUGUGUUGAGAUCGCUAUGAGCCGGAUAUAUCAGCAUACAGCUCUCCAAAACAAACCCGUUCACGAUGAGCGCUUUGAUGGUUCAUGGGAGCCGGGUGCUUUCCAGCGGGGCACUGGGGUUCUGCUGGAAGGGACGCUGCUGGAUUUCUCACGACAUGCAGUGACAGACAGCAAGGGGAAGAAGGAGCGAUGGUACAUUCUGUAUCUGAGGCCAAGCAAAAUACAUCGCAGACAUUUUGAUAGUAAGGGGAAUGAGAUUGAACCCAACUUCAGCGACACUAAGAAAGUGAAUACAGGCUUCCUCAUGUCUUCCUACAAGGUUGAAGCUAAGGGUGAAUCUGACAGGAUAUCUUUGGAGGAGCUGAAUCGCCUGGUUAACAAAGUGAACCUGAUGAAGAUUAGUGAAAAGCACACUCCUAGGGAAACUGUUGCCUUUUGGCUUCCAGAGGCAGACAUGGAGAAGACUGAGCUUGAGUUGGGUGAACAAUUACGAGUAAAAACUAUGGGAGACGGCCCUUUUUUAUUUUCGUUAGCAAAGGUGGACAGUGGGACAGUCACCAAAUGCAACUUCGCUGGAGAUGCACAGGCUGGAGCUUCCUGGACAGAUAACAUAAUGGAGAGGAAAUCACAAAACACUUCAGCACCUAGUGAGCCCAGGGGGCAAGGAGAUGGAGCGGAAGAUGACGAAUGGGAUGACUGAAAAAUUGGACUUUUUUUUUUUUUUUAAUUUCGCAUUCACAACAAAUCUGGCACAAGCUGCUGUGCCUGAAUAGAUGCCACACACCUUACCAACAAAAUUAUUAUUUCUGUAAUGAUUGUCAACUUUUCAAUUUGAAAUCUACUUGUGAAUGAAUCUUCCUGAUAAUUUCCAUAUUAUCAAUUUAUAUAUAGAUCAGCCAAUAAUCAUGUGUUCUGAAAUUGCAAUUUAGUUUGCAAAACUGCAGUUUAAAGAAAAAUAUACUCUCCCUUUUGACAUGAGCUAUAUAAAUAUAUACAGAUUUUCUUUUAAUGCCUAAAACAUAUAACAGACACAUUGUUUUACAUUAUUUAGCCUGUUUACACAUAAAGAAUACUUAUCACUGCUUUAGCAAUUAUAUACAUUAUGGAUGGAGAAUAAAGGCAGAUUGAAGACUUACGGGUUCAAUUAAGCACACAAUAUAUGGACUAUUUUGUAUACAGCACAAGCUUAAAAGAGAGAACGCUGUUCUGGAUAACCGGUCCCAUAUAAAAAAAAGUCUACGUGAGUUGGUUACAACUUGCUAAUCACAACUACUCCAUGUACAUUCAAGGCAGCAACCUUCUCUUGCUUGUCUUAAAGAGAUACUGACACCAAAAAUUAAACUUUUUUUUUUUUUUACAUCUAUCAUUAUAUUGCCUUUGAAAGCUACUUAUAACUUUGCCAUAAAGUAUAUGCACAAUGCUAAUACCUGGCUAAUGGCCGAUGUUCAUGUAUGUGGGGGCUGCCAUAUUUAUGCAUUCUGUUAUCAUUAGAAACAGGCUGAGAUGGGACAGUCAGGUUGGCAAAACAGUCAGGUUUAGGAACUUCAACUAACCAUAACUUACAAAAACAAACCUCUCGGCAAGAAACAUGACCUAUAGGUAACUUUUAAUGUGCAUUCAUUUUUUAAAAAGUAGUUUUUAGUGUCAGUAUCACUUUAAAGACACCCUAAUUUAUAUGUAAUGUCUAUUUUAUUGUCUUAUGGAAAUAUUAUUCUGUCUAAAUGUACCUGUAGUUUCUGCCAUGUCUGCAGCAGCCUUAUUAUUAUUAUUAUUUUUUUUUUUUUUUUAAAUUGCCUAUAUCCCCUAACAUAACUUCUUUCAGUGUUAAUUCAUACUGACCAGCAAGUUGAUGCAAUUUAUUUUAGGUGCUUAAAGGGGUAGUUCCCCUUUAAAAUCACUUUUAUUAUGUUAUGCUUUGGCCUUUUUUUUUUAAGAACAUUUUUUUGGGAUUCUAUGCCAUCUCCUUUUGCCUCUUUCCAGCUUACAAGGGUCACUGACUCUGGCACCCCUGUCCCAAUAAUCUUGUAGUCUCCCAUUCAAACUUUCUUAUUGGUGGGAUAAAUUGAACAUAGCAACCCUGUCGCUGCUGAAAUUCCAAACUGGCCACUUGUGAAGCUAAAUAGUUAAAAAAAAACAAAAAACAACCUAAUUGUUAAUUGCCUCUGAAUAUCUCUAUCUACAUCAUACUUAAAUGUAAUUUAAAUGUAAUCCACCAAUUUAAAGAAGAGUAUAUUAAAGGCCACUGAGAGAACAUAAAUCUUAUGUGAGUGUUUACUGUUUGCAUUCCUGGGAACCUGAUUCUUUAGUAGCAAAUAAUUGGGGUUGAUGUGCCUUUAAUAAAUUGAUUUGUAGGCAGUCAGUGAAGAACAAAGCUAAUCCUUAUGCAUCUGCACAAGCCAAAUUCAUUGAAUAAUAACAACUGGAAUGGGUUUAUGUUUGUAGCCUUUUAUUGCUCAGUUUCCAUUUUCCUAUACCACCUACUCUAAGUAAACCUAUAAAAGCUUUUAUUUUGCACAAGCGUUGUUAACAUUUUAGUCCUUACCUUUUCCAUUUGCAAUCUGUUAAUGGUCGGUUUCUGGGUAACACUGUAAUAAAGCAUGGCCCAGCUGCACCUGAAAUAAACACUUAUAAAACAAUUAAAAUUGUAAUUCUAACAACUGAGACGGUUCAUUUACUGUCAGAGUUAUUACAGUAAUGUUAGCUUGGCAUGCUGCUCUUUUUUUUUUUUAUAAAUUGUGAAUUUUACAUUAUUGCCUUUUACUGAGCCUUUAAAUGUAAAAAUAAAUCGGCUAAUACUGUAGCAGUUUUAGUUCUUUUGUUGCAAAUAUUCUCCAGUAUCGGCAAUGAGCCAUAAUUUACCAUACAAGAAUUCCACAGCUACAUUUUCUGUAAAUUGUCUGUUAAUCCUUGUUAAUUAUGUCACUUUAGCACCCGCUCAUCAUUCCUAUAAUAUAUAUGACUGUAUUCUGAGUUUGAUGUUCUGUAUAUGUAUUACCUGUUUCCCUAAUAAUCUCCUCUCCUACACCUGUUUAUUGUAUUCAUAUAUACAAAUUCAUAUAUACUAUUUGUUUCAUUAAAAUGUACUUAUUUUCUGCCUAA